CACACAGAAGACUUAACUCUGUUUUCUAGCAUGGGGACCCUCUGGCACUUACAAUACACUUUAAUUUUAUUCUGUAUUUCAGUGCUGAAUACCACAGGGAUCAAGCAAAUACCAACUGGUGGCUUGAGAACAUGGGAUCCUGAAACAGCUUACCUCACCAGAUGUGAUUUUAACAACAACUCAAGACCAUUUUGUGACUGGACCCAACCUUGCAAUGUCAACCAGGGAAUAUGGAUACGAACCAAACAUGACACUCCGACUGAUGGAACAGGUCCUGGUGGAGACUAUCCUGACGGAAAAGGCUAUUUCAUCUACCAAGAAGCAAGUAAUCUGAUCCCAUUCGACACUAACAGGCUUGAGAGCCCAGAUACUGUAGUUUCUGAAAAAAUAUGCAUAGACUUCUGGUACUAUAUGUUUGGGUCAGAAGACAUGAAUGAGCUGAGAGUGCUUAUCCAAGACGUAACAGGGGAGUCUGUGGUGUGGAUUCGGAAGGGAAACCAGAGUUCCAUGUGGAACUAUGGUGCCAUCACUCAUACUUUUCCAACACAGAGAAAGAUAAAGGUAAUUUUUGAGGCUGUCCGAGGACUGACAGAGUAUGGGGAUACGGCACUGGACAAUGUGAGAGUAAGGGAUGGACCCUGUGAAGCAAUUUGCAGUAUACAUGGGGAUCCUCACUACCACACGUUCGACAAGCAGCUGCACCACUUCAUGGGCACCUGCACCUACACCCUCUCCAAGCUGUGUGAGAGCAACAGCUCGCUGCCCUAUUUCAACGUGGAAGCAGCCAACGAGCACAGGGGAAGCAACACUCGUGUGUCCUAUGUCCAAUAUGUGAACAUCGAUGUGUAUGGCUACAGGAUCAAUCUUGGUAAAAACAGAGUUGUUAAGGUUGAUGGAGUCAGCCAGGUGCUCCCUCUGACCUUGGCGCGGGGUGUCAGUAUUUCCUUCAGUGGGCAGUAUGUUGUGGUUACUACCGACUUUGGUCUGAAUGUCAAGUUUGAUGGAAAUCACAGAGCAGAAAUCACUCUUCCCAGUACCUAUAUGUCUAAAGUCUGUGGAAUAUGUGGAAAUUAUAAUGGGUACAAAGCAGAUGACUUUCUUAAUCCAGAUGGAGAGAUGGAAACAAACUCAGCCAACCUUGGCAACAGUUGGCAGGUUUACAAUGACUCCAGGUGCUUGCCAGAUGAUGGCCAUGCUCCAAAUUGCACUGCUGAUGAAAAACAUAUGAUCCAAAGCAAUGAAUACUGUGGUCUGAUCACAGAUCCCAAUGGUCCAUUCCAGAAUUGCCACUCAGUAGUUGAUCCACGAAGUUAUUCUGAAGCCUGUCAGUAUGAUCUCUGUGAACUUCAUUUGAACAAUGCAGUCCUCUGUCAAAACCUGCAGGCUUAUGCAGACAUGUGCCAAGCUGCAGGAGUCCAGCUGACACCGUGGAGAAAUGCAACCUUCUGCCCACUAGCCUGCCCUGCCAACAGUCACUACGAGCCCUGUGCUGCAGCCUGCCCUGCCACCUGUGUCGACCCAACAGCACCCUACAGCUGCAGCCUGCCGUGCGUGGAGGGCUGUGUGUGCGACAGCGGGUACCUGCUCUACAAUGACCGAUGCGUGCCCAGCCAGCAGUGCGGGUGCUGGCACAACGGGCAGCACUACCCCGUGGGCUCGGAGUUCUGGACGGACAACACCUGCUCCUCAAAGUGCACGUGUCCCACGCGGGGAAGCAAAGUCCAGUGCUCCAGUGCCUCAUGCCCUACGGGCCAGUACUGCGGGGUGCAGGAUGGGAAACCUGAGUGCCUCAAACAAUCCUAUGGCAUCUGCCACGUCCAUGGCGACCCUCACUACAACACCUUUGACAAGGUGAUGCACAACUUCAUGGGCAACUGCAGUCCUGAACAGAUCUCCUCCCACCAGAAGCAAUCACUAGCCUGCCCUGCCAACAGUCACUACGAGCCCUGUGCUGCAGCCUGCCCUGCCACCUGUGUCGACCCAACAGCACCCUACAGCUGCAGCCUGCCGUGCGUGGAGGGCUGUGUGUGCGACAGCGGGUACCUGCUCUACAAUGACCGAUGCGUGCCCAGCCAGCAGUGCGGGUGCUGGCACAACGGGCAGCACUACCCCGUGGGCUCGGAGUUCUGGACGGACAACACCUGCUCCUCAAAGUGCACGUGUCCCACGCGGGGAAGCAAAGUCCAGUGCUCCAGUGCCUCAUGCCCUACGGGCCAGUACUGCGGGGUGCAGGAUGGGAAACCUGAGUGCCUCAAACAAUCCUAUGGCAUCUGCCACAUCCAUGGCGACCCUCACUACAACACCUUUGACAAGGUGAUGCACAACUUCAUGGGCAACUGCACCUACACCCUGGCCAAAGUGUGCUCCAACACCACCUCCCUGCCCUACUUCAAUGUUGAGGCCAAGAACGAGCAUCGUGGGAGCACCAGAGUGUCCUAUGUGCGCGAAGUCCUGGUUGAGGUGUACGGAGAGCGCAUUGCCAUUGUCAAGAAGAAGAAGAGCCAAGUGCUGGUGAACAAUGUGCGCCAGACGUUGCCGGUGAGCGCAGCGGGAGGUGCCAUCACGGUGAGCAGGAGCGGCCGCUACAUCGUCCUGGAGACGGACUUCAACCUCAGAGUGUCCUACGACACCGACCACUCGGUGGAGGUGAAGGUGCCCACCACCUACUUCAACCUGACCUGUGGCAUGUGCGGGAACUUCAACAACCGGAGAGAGGACGAUUACAUGAUGCCCAACGGGCAGCAAGCCGCAGACUCCAAUGCGCUGGGGGAGAGCUGGCAGGUCCCAGACGAUGACUCCUCUUGCGGUGUCCCCAUGCCCUCCCCACCCUGCAGUGCAGAAGAGGAGAAGGUCUACCGAUCGGACCAUUUCUGUGGCAUGCUGACCGCCAGGCCUGGCGCUUUUGAGAGGUGCCACACCGUGAUCAACCCCCAGAGCUACUUUAAGACCUGCUUGUAUGACCUUUGUACCCUGAAUGGUGGACAGGAGGUCCUGUGUGCUAGUCUGGAGGCCUAUGCCGAUGCAUGCCAGGCAGCCGGCGUGACUCUUCUUCCCUGGAGGAAUGCCACCUUCUGCCCUGUUGCAUGCCCUCCCAAUAGUCAUUACAAUCCAUGCACGAAUGCUUGUCCAGCAACCUGCAUUGACCCUCUUGCAUCAAAGAACUGCAGCAGACCUUGUGUAGAAGGAUGUGAAUGCAACAAUGGUUUUGUCAUCAGUGGGGGACAGUGUGUGUCCAUGAGCAACUGUGGCUGCCUUCAAAAUGGCAAAUAUUAUGAGAAAGGAGAAGCUUUUUGGCAAACAGACUGUGCAGGCCAAUGUAUAUGUGCUGGAAAUGGGACUGUAGUUUGCAAUUCAGACACAUGCGAAGCAAGCGAAGUUUGCAAGGUGCAGAAUGGACUCCUGGGAUGUUAUCCAUUGAACCCCAGCACCUGCCACAUUUUUGGGGAUCCACAUUAUAUAACCUUUGAUGGGAGACUGUACCAUUUCCAAGGAGACUGCAAUUAUACUGUCGUUGAGACAUGCACAAAUUCUUCUGAAAGGUUUUCAGUGACAACCAGAAAUGAACAUAGAGGAAACCCACACUGGACAGCCUUGAACUCAGUUGCUGUCACACUGAAAAAUCUUCAUAUUGUUUUGAAGAAAAAUAAAGAGAUCUAUGUGAAUGGAGUUCAGGUUUAUCUUCCUGUGGAUUUGAACCAUGGAGCCAGAAUAACUAUAAAAGGACACUAUAUGGUCAUUGAUACCUCUAUAGGGAUCCAGGUUAAGUUUGAUGGUGACCAGGAGCUUUUCAUUCUGGUUGAUGAAAGUCUCAAAGGACAGCUGUGUGGUCUGUGUGGGACAUUCAAUGACAACCAACUGGAUGAUUUUCUAAAACCAGAUAAAGUCCUAGAACAGGAUCCAAAUAAAUUUGGUGACAGCUGGCUAGUGAAAGAGGACAACAGGACUGGGCCUUUUCAGGUCUGCCAUUGGCACAUUCCCCCACAGCUGUACUUCGAGAGCUGUGUCUAUGACCUGUGUGCCACAGAGGGGAAUUCUGAUCAGUUUUGCAAGAUUUUAGAGGCAUACGCUGCUGCCUGUGAACUUGGAGGUGUAAAUCUGGGUGAAUGGAGGAAAGAUACCAUCUGCGUUGCAUCAACAGUCUGCAAUAUGUCCUGCACAUUUGAUGUCGACUUCUGUGAGUGGAAACAGGCAACCAGUGACAACUUUGACUGGAUAAGGCACAAGGGGCCGACACCCACACCGAAUACCGGCCCUUCCCAUGACCACACGACUGGAGAGGGCUAUUAUAUCUACCUGCAAGGAAAUAAGCAAGAGCAAAGUGAGGUAGCCCGCUUGGUCAGUCCAGUGUGCCAUUCAGAAGGACCACACUGCUUCCGCUUCUGGUAUCACAUGUACGGAGUGGCUGAAAUGAUGGCCCUGCGCGUGUAUGUAGUUCACAAUGAAACAUCAACACUGGAAUGGAAAGAUGCUGGAAGCAAAGGGGACAAAUGGAACUUGGGAGAGGUCACGGUGCACAGCAGAGGAAACAUGCAGAUUGUCCUGGAGGGCAUGAGAGGUGAAGAUUUCCAUAGCGACGUAGCAUUGGAUGAUCUGUCCAUUGAAAAGGGAUACUGCACAGUAGACUCUGAGACUCAGACACCACCAAGCACCAUCAUCACCACAACUUCAGGAGUGGAAACCACGUCAGCACCCAUUCCGUGCUCAGAGACCUGUGUGGUGGAAGGAGACCCUCACUACCACACGUUCGACAAGCAGCUGCACCACUUCAUGGGCACCUGCACCUACACCCUCUCCAAGCUGUGUGAGAGCAACAGCUCGCUGCCCUAUUUCAACGUGGAAGCGGCCAAUGAGCACAGGGGAGCCAACACUCGCGUGUCCUAUGUCCGAUACGUGGAUGUCGAUGUGGCUGGCCAGCGGAUAAGACUGGGGAAGGGUGGAGUGGUGACAGUCAACGGAGUGGCAGAGGUUCUGCCCUGCACCCCAUCCACCGGCGUGCAGGUCUCAUCCAGCGGGUUCUACACUGUGGUGACAACAGACUUUGGCUUGAGAGUGAAGUUUGAUGGGAACCAUCGGGUGGAGGUGACACUUCUGAGCACCUUUGGGCAGAAGGUUUGUGGCAUGUGUGGGAACUACAACGGGAUGGCAGCAGAUGACUUCUUGAACCCGGAAGGCGUGCUGGAGCCAGACUCCACCAGCCUGGGCAACAGCUGGCAGGUGUCCAAUGACAGCAGCCUGCCGGGCGUGGAGGGCUGUGUGUGCGACAGCGGGUACCUGCUCUACAAUGACCGAUGUGUGCCCAGCCAGCAGUGCGGGUGCUGGCACAACGGGCAGCACUACCCCGUGGGCUCGGAGUUCUGGACGGACAACACCUGCUCCUCAAAGUGCACGUGUCCCACGCGGGGAAGCAAAGUCCAGUGCUCCAGUGCCUCAUGCCCUACGGGCCAGUACUGCGUGGUGCAGGAUGGGAAACCUGAGUGCCUCAAACAAUCCUAUGGCAUCUGCCACGUCCAUGGCGACCCUCACUACAACACCUUUGACAAGGUGAUGCACAACUUCAUGGGCAACUGCACCUACACCCUGGCCAAAGUGUGCUCCAACACCACCUCCCUGCCCUACUUCAAUGUUGAGGCCAAGAACGAGCAUCGUGGGAGCACCAGAGUGUCCUAUGUGCGCGAAGUCCUGGUUGAGGUGUACGGAGAGCGCAUUGCCAUUGUCAAGAAGAAGAAGAGCCAAGUGCUGGUGAACAAUGUGCGCCAGACGUUGCCGGUGAGCGCAGCGGGAGGUGCCAUCACGGUGAGCAGGAGCGGCCGCUACAUCGUCCUGGAGACGGACUUCAACCUCAGAGUGUCCUACGACACCGACCACUCGGUGGAGAGCUACUUUAAGACCUGCUUGUAUGACCUUUGUACCCUGAAUGGUGGACAGGAGGUCCUGUGUGCUAGUCUGGAGGCCUAUGCCGAUGCAUGCCAGGCAGCCGGCGUGACUCUUCUUCCCUGGAGGAAUGCCACCUUCUGCCCCCUCCUGUGCCCUGCCAACAGCUACUACGACCCUUGCAUGACCGGCUGUCCUGCCACCUGUGUUGACCAACAAGCACCGCAGAACUGCUCCAAGCCCUGCAUGGAAGGCUGUGCAUGUGCCUCUGGCUUCCUCCUCAGCGGAGACACCUGUGUGCCCAAGGCCCACUGUGGCUGCCUCUUUGAGGGCAACUACUACAGCGAAGGCGAGUACUCUGUUAGCGAGAACUGCACUCGCCAGUGCCGGUGUGAAGCCAAUGGCCAGAUGGUUUGCUCUCCGUUGUCCUGUGGUGAGGACGAGGUCUGCAAGAUCCAGAAUGGCCAGAGGGGCUGUUACACAGCCAGCACUGCUCUCUGCCACAUCUACGGCGAUCCACAUUACAGCACCUUCGAUGGGAAGCUUCACCACUUCCAGGGCUCCUGCAACUACACGGUGGUGACAGGCUGUGACAACUCCUCCGUUGGGUUCAGUGUCACCACCCGCAAUGAACAUCGUGGCAGCAGGAGCUGGACAGCUCUGAACUCUGUGGCACUGUCCAUGGAAGGCCUCCACAUUGCACUGCGCAAGAACAAGGCGGUCUAUGUAAGCGCCUCAUUUUUACACCUGGGAACAACAGAUGCCCUAGGCACCAUUAAGUACCACUCUGUCCCCAAGAAGAGCUUGAUAUUCCCUGAGCCUGCUGGCGUGCUCACAGAAGAGCACAGCGAGGCUCUGAGUGGGGCAGAUAUGGCUGCUCGUACAGCAACAGAUUUUCGGCUUGUUUUCCUGAGCUUUCGGUGUGCCAUGUGUAGAGUCGCUGCUGUUCUCAUCAAUGGUGCUCUGGCCUCCCUGCCUGCUUCUCCUGCCCCCGGUGUGACCAUUUCCAUGAGUGGCUCCUACGUGCGGGUUUCUACCAAGUUGGGCCUGCAGCUGCAGUUCAAUGGGGACCAUGAGCUCCUAGUGAACGUGUCUGAGAAGCACAAGGGCAAGCUGUGUGGGCUGUGUGGGACGUACACUGGGAGCCAGCAGGAUGACUUCAUGCAAUCCAAUGGGGUUGUCGUGCCCAAUUUCAAUGACUUUGGAGCCAGCUGGAUGGUGCCAGAUGCUGAGUGGCCGUGUGACCCAGCCAUCAGGCCGCCUGCGUCCUGCUCCGAGGAGGAGGAGGAGGCAGCUAACAAGCAGUGUGCAAUCCUCACGCAACUUGGUGGCCCAUUCCAGCUAUGCCAUGCAGUUCUGUCACCUGAGACGUACUUUGAGAGCUGUGUCUAUGACCAGUGUGCCACAGGUGGCAGCACGGAGCAGCUCUGCAAUGACCUGGGGGCCUAUGCCUCAGCCUGUGCUGAGGCAGGCAUUGCUCUGGGAGACUGGAGUGCUGGCACUGUCUGUGAUAACUGCAGUUUCGCCUGCACAUUUGACAACGACUUCUGUGAGUGGGUCCUGGCAGAUUACAGGUCCAUCGACACCAAAACCCACGAUCCCCUCGCCAGGCACUACAACACAGCCUCCACGCACGCCGUCACCACCAACACCCACACCGAGCUCAGGUCCAUCGACACCAAAACCCACGAUCCCCUCGCCAGGCACUACAACACAGCCUCCACGCACGCCGUCACCACCAACACCCACACCGAGCUCAGGUCCAUCGACACCAAAACCCACGAUCCCCUCGCCAGGCACUACAACACAGCCUCCACGCACGCCGUCACCACCAACACCCACACCGAGCUCAGGUACUGCCAUGUUCCAUUCCCAUCUUCUACCGCUUGUGCUCCCACAGAUAACUGCAGUUUCGCCUGCACAUUUGACAACGACUUCUGUGAGUGGGUCCUGGCAGAUUACAGCAGCAUUGACUGGAUAAGGAACAAGGGUCCAACACCCACGCAAAAUACCGGCCCCUCCUCCGACCACACGACAGGAGACGGCUACUACAUCUACUUGCAAGGGAGCAAUGCCCUCCCUGGCUUUGUGGCUCAUCUGCUCAGCCCGGUGUGCAGUUUGCAAGGACCGCACUGCUUCCGCUUCUGGUACCACAUGUACGGAGUGGCUGAAACAAUGGCCCUACGGGUGUACGUGGACAAGGGCGAAGACCUAGUGCUGGUCUGGAGCAGCACUGGGAACCACGGGGACAAAUGGAACUUGGGAGAGAUCACGUUGCACGGCACAGGAGACAUGCAGAUUGUCCUGGAGGGAGAAUGGGGUGAAGAUGUCCGGAGUGAUGUAGCAUUGGAUGAUCUGUCCAUUGAAAAGGGAUCCUGCAAAGACGGCUACUACAUCUACUUGCAAGGGAGCAAUGCCCUCCCUGGCUUUGUGGCUCAUCUGCUCAGCCCGGUGUGCAGUUUGCAAGGACCGCACUGCUUCCGCUUCUGGUACCACAUGUACGGAGUGGCUGAAACAAUGGCCCUACGGGUGUACGUGGACAAGGGCGAAGACCUAGUGCUGGUCUGGAGCAGCACUGGGAACCACGGGGACAAAUGGAACUUGGGAGAGAUCACGUUGCACGGCACAGGAGACAUGCAGAUUGUCCUGGAGGGAGAAUGGGGUGAAGAUGUCCGGAGUGAUGUAGCAUUGGAUGAUCUGUCCAUUGAAAAGGGAUCCUGCAAAGGCCGUGCUUCCUGCAGUGCCUCUGGGGAUCCACAUUAUAACACUUUUGACCACAGAGUUCACAAUUUCAUGGGAAAUUGCACUUACACCCUCUCCAAAGUGUGCAAUGUCUCUGAGACGCUUCCAUACUUUGAUGUGUCCACAACAAAUGAGCACAGAGGAGCCAACACCAAAGUCUCGUAUGUGAAGUCAGUGCAAGUGGAAGUCUAUGGCAACCAGAUUUCUUUGCUGAAAAAGAAGAAAGUGAAUGUGAAUGGCAGCAGAAUGAACCUGCCUGUAUUUAUUGAAAAGAAGAUCAGUAUUCAAAGCAGUGGUGGAUAUGUUCUCUUGGUAACCGACUUUGGACUGUGGGUGAGAUAUGAUGGAAAUCACUAUGCAGAAGUCUCUGUGCCCUCUAAUUACCGUGGUCUGCUCUGUGGCCUCUGUGGUAAUUAUAAUGGUGAUCCAAAUGAUGACAACAUAAAGCCCAAUGGUGACAUUGCAAGUGGUUCCACUGAUCUUGGACAAAGCUGGCUUGUGCCUGAGAAUAACACCAUAUGCUCUGGUGGGACAGAACAGCAAUGUGAUCCUGUGCUGGAGAGUGAAGCAAAGAAGAAUACAGCAUGUGGCAUGAUCACAGAUCCAACAGGAAUCUUCAAGGAUUGUCAUACCAAAGUGCCUCCAGCAAAUUUCUUUGAAAACUGUGUUUACGACAUGUGUUUCACUGGUGGACAGGCAACAUCCUUAUGCUAUGGACUGCAGGCCUAUGCUGAGUCAUGUAUCAAUGCUGGGAUAUGCAUAGCGUGGAGGAAUGCUACACUUUGCCCAAUGUCCUGUCCUGGAGGCAGCAUCUACAAGACCUGUGGUACUAGGUGUCCCUCUACCUGUUUCAACAUGUCAGCAGUUGAUUCCUGCAGUUCCUUACCAGUGGAAGGUUGCUUCUGUAAGGAAGGCUAUGUUUUGAGUGGAGACAAAUGUGUGCCAGAAAGCAGCUGUGGUUGUGUUGAUGAAAAAAACCAGUAUCACCAGCUGGAUGAAAGCUGGUUCACCAGUUAUCCCUGCACCGAACGCUGCAGCUGCAAGGCUAAUAACACCAUUACAUGCACAUCCUGGGAGUGUGGAGUCCGAGAGGAAUGCAGUAUUCAGGAUGGUGUGCUGGGCUGUCAUUCCAAUGGCAAAGCAACAUGUCAAGUGGUAGGAGAUCCCCAUUACUUCACUUUUGAUGGAAUGUUGUACACUUUUGUGGGUACCUGCACCUACACCUUGGUUGAGGUUGUCAACACCAGCAGUAUCAUUCCUAUAACCAUCCUUGGCAAGAAUGAAGACAGAGGACUAAGAGGGGCCACAUACCUGAAAGAGGUCUACAUAGAUGUGUAUGGUGUACGAAUCACCCUUCAGAAAAGCCAAGGAAUCUUGUUGAACAAUGAGAGAGCCUACACUCCAGUGGAGAACCGGUUGCAAGGCGUGUCCAUUAGAAACGCUGGCAGAUUUAUAGUAGUGGAAACUGACUUUGGUGUGAUAGUGAAAUAUGAUGGCAAUCACCAUCUGGAAAUCACCCUCCCGCAGUCUUAUUUCUCAAAGGUACAUGGCAUGUGUGGUAACUUCAAUGAUAAUCGUGAAGAUGAUCUGUCCUUGCCCAAUGGUACACUUGCCAGUGUCACACAGUUUGGAAAUAGCUGGAAAGUGGAGGAAGACAGUGAUGAAGGUUGUUUAUCAGACUUAAGAGAAGAUGAUGUUCCUCCUUGCACUGCUGAGAAUAAACCAGUCAUUGAAAGCCAGUGCAAUGUGCUCAAAUCAGACAAAUUCAAAGCAUGUCAUAAUCUAGUCAAGCCUGAAGACUUCGUACAGAUCUGCAUCUAUGACAUGUGCCAGUAUGAUGGCAUGAAGUCCACUCUCUGCGACAUAGUUCAAGUCUAUGUGGACAACUGCAAGAAUCAUGGAAUCACCAUUAAAUGGAGGAACAGCACAUUCUGUCCAUUGCCCUGUCUACCCCACAGCCAUUACACAGACUGUGUCUCCACCUGCCCAUCAACAUGCAAUGACAUUUUUGCCUCUUCCCUUUGUGAGAAGACAGAAAAGUGCACAGAGGGCUGUGAGUGUGAUGAUAAUUAUGUGCUCAGUAAUGGCAAGUGUGUACCUCUGAGCAAGUGUGGCUGCAGGGAUGAUGACAACAAUUACUACAGUGCUGGGGAGACCUGGAUAACUCCACACUGCACCAAAAGAUGCCAGUGUCAGAAGAACGGUGUCAUCAAGUGUGAGAGCUAUAGCUGUCAUUCUAAAGCAACCUGCGUGAUCAAAAACGGAAAAUACAAGUGCAAUCCAACAGGUUUUGGGAAAUGCCGGAUCAUGGGCGACCCACACUACGUGACCUUUGACGGUCUAGUGCACCACUUUCAAGGGAAAUACACAUAUAUUCUGGCGCAGACCAUCCCUGACCUACCUGAUACUCUGACGCAGUUCAGCAUUGAAGGCAUGAACUAUCCUUUACGUCGAAGUCGACGCAUUACCUACCUGAAAGAGAUUCUCAUCAAUGUUUACAAUCACACAGUGCGAUUCAGGCAGAACAAGCAGCUUGUGUUGGAUGGUGUGAGGGUGAGACCCCCUGCUCGUCCUCAUGAAGGUAUUCAUAUAUAUCAGACGACAAGAAGAAUUUGCCUGGAGACAGAUUUUGGCUUACACUUGAGCUUCGACAGCUAUCAAAAUGCAGAUAUAAAGCUGGCCAACACCUACAGAAACAGAGUGGAAGGCUUGUGUGGUGACUUUGAUGGGAAAUAUAGAAAUGACUUCACAACUCCAGAUGGUGUUUGGGUGAAGAACGUGAAUGUAUUUGGUGAGAGCUGGAAAGUUCCUCUGAAAAGAUCAAACUCUCGUUUCAGACGAGGUGUCAACUCAAAAGAUGAGUCUGAGGAAGAACCAGAUCCAGGGCUUUUCCAAGGCUGCAACAAGAAUCAGCUGGAGCAAGAAUACGGAACUUCAAGAUGUCAAAUCCUGACUGACUCAAAUGGUCCUUUUGUAAAAUGUCAUUCUACGGUCUCACCAAAUUUCUAUUUCACAUACAGGAAAAUGGAACUAACUCAGGGGCAGGCAGAAAAGCAGCUGAAAAUAAACAAUAACAAAGGUAUAUCAUGUCCUGCCAACAGCAACUACAGCUCAUGCAUGUCUGCAUGCCCAGCAUCCUGCAACGACUUGACCAGCCCCUCUGAGUGCACAUCACCUUGUGUUGAAGGCUGUGAAUGUCUCCCUGGCUAUAUUCUUAGUGGUUUUGACUGUGUGCCUUACAAACAAUGUGGCUGCACGUACCUUAACAAAUAUUAUGAGAUUGGAGAAAUAUUUACCACUGAUGACUGCUCUCAGAGAUGCCAGUGCACAGAAAGCUCCACUGUCUUCUGCUCUAACAUAGUGUGUGGAUCUGAUGAAACCUGUGGCAUUUCCAACUACAGUCGUGGAUGCUACAGGAGUGGACCAUGUAUGCCAAGUCCUUGUAAGAAUGAUGGAGUUUGCUCUGAAACUACCAAGAGCACCUCUCUCCACUUCUCCUGUGAAUGUUCAGAACUGUACACAGGACCAAGCUGCGAGGCUGAAAAGAUAGUUGAAGACCCUCCCACAGAGGAUUCUGAGGACCAUACAAUUGUCAUAAUCGUUGGAGUUGUGGCAGGCGUAGUUAUCAUCAUCAUUCUCAUCACCUCUACAGUGUACCUGUGCAGAAGGAAGAGAAAGACGGAUACAGAUGCGAAAUCAAGGGAUUCUUCUUUGACACAGUCCAGGGAAGUACUGGAUGACAGACUACGUGAGCAAGACUAUGGCUAUGUCGUGAACACUGCAUUUGAUCAAAAUUGUUCCCUAUAG